GUAGUCUGAUAGGCAUGUCACAUGACAUCACAUGACAUCACAUGCCAUGCAACUCUUUGAAACUCGUAACAGUGAGUUGGCGAUUUUACUUUUUUGUUGCUGAACUUUCAGUUUGUUGACACUCACCACGUGAGAUUCUGGGCCAACAUUCAACGGGGACUUAUCCAUGACGCCCAGAAAUAAAAGUGAUAUUUAGAUGGACAACACUGUCCAUUCCGGUCAGCCGUUGGCCAAGUCCAGAAUCAGGAGUGUAGUAGGAUACUCUUAUUUCUAACGGUUGUCUUUCGUCGACUAUUGUUUAUGUUUCAGCUUUUAGCGGAGUUUGCUCCAGCUACUUUGUUAUGAUGUUAUCUUCGAUGUCAAAUUUGAUCACGUCUUUCACGGUCGAUGUGCGAAGAGGCAACCGUUACAGCCACGUAGAUACACUGGGGCGGUAACCAAGAACAUUGACUGUAGUUUGGGACAAUCAUAGAAAACUUUGCACUGAAAGCUCGUUGUCAUCGAUUGUCAGUCUCAUCCAAUCAAAACGUGUCUCUGACUUCACUUCAUGCAUUUUCCAAACUUUGAAGACACCAAGUUCAUAUCUGACUGUUUGUAGCCCUGUAGCUUUCUUUCUAUUGACAGAUUGUACCCUACCGGCCGCCUCUUUAUUUCCACGCAUGGCAGUCAAUGUGAAAGUAAAUAGAAGCGCGUGGACUGGGUGUGAAACAAGGCUCGCGCUGGCCUCGUUCUAGUUUCACGGUUCAUUGGACGGCAAUCGAGAUUAUGAUAAUAUUUACGGCCCGAACGACAUUUAGGAUAUCUCUAUAAAUAGAUUGUGGCCUUCUUAAUAAUCCUAGCGAAGUUUACUUAGUCAUACAAAUAUAUGCAUGAAAAAUGUAUUAAAUUUUCUUGUGUAUUUUUAUAGAAAACAUGUAGUUUCGACAUUUUUCCGUGGACAAUCAAAGUUUUGAUAGUUGAUGUUCUUUAAUAGUUGAUGUUCAUGAUAAGUGAUGUUCAUCUCAUUCUGUCUACGUCGGUCAGUUAAGUGCUUGUCAAUGGCUUAUAAAUAAUAAUUUGAACUAAUCAUUUCGUAAUUUUCAACACAAAUCAUAGGAUUAAAUUUUUUUUUAAAAAUUAAAAAAAUUGAAACGGGAAGAGGGACAAAGUAUCCAUCAUGGUUCCACUCGUUGUGUCGUCCAGCAAGAAUAAUAAUUUUUACAACGAGGAAUUCACCGUCAAGCAUUUCAAUGCGUGUGGAGAAACACAGGACAGACAGAGCUCUUCAAUAGAAGAGCUCGCCACUCACCAGAGCUCUUCAAUAGAAGAGUUCGCCACUCACCAGAGCUCUUCAAUAGAAGAGUUCGCCACUCACCUGUCACUGUACGAUGAUCACAUUCAUUUCGUGGACCGAACAGCCUCCGUUACGUCACGUGUCAGUGAAGGAGAACUCGAGGUAGGAACAUGUAACGGAGUACAGUAGAUGGAACUGUGUCUGCGUCUGUCACCGUGUCUGUGUCUGCGUCUGUCACCUUGUCUGUGUCUGCGUCUGUCAACGUAAUCUGUGUCAAGAUGAUGCAAGUCAAAUUAAAACGUUUUAAAUGAAACGUCAUUUUAAAAAAUGGGUUUUUAAUUUUCAAUAAAAUAUUUUGUGACAACGUGAUUUUAGAUUGAGAACAAACAGGGCGGGCAGUCAAUAGCAACAGUAGCUGUAUCAAGGGCAGACAACCCAGAAUGUUUCGUAUGUAUCUUUUAUGGCGUAUUAACCGUUGGCGGACCGCGUGUUAUAUUAAAUUACCUCCCCCCCCCCCCCACCCCCUAAACAGGGCGGGCAGUCAAUAGCAACAGUAGCUGUAACAAGGGCAGACAACCCAGGAUGUUUCGUAUGUAUCUUUUAUGGCGUAUUAACCGUUGGCGGACCGCGUGUUAUAUUAAAUUACCUCCCCCCCCCCCACUGCCCCAAUUAAAAAUGCUGUAUAGAAAUGUUUAGCUAUUGUUAUUGCACAAAAUGAAAUACAAAAUGACAGAGUAAAAAAUGAAACUAAUGUGACGCCAUUUUUUACAUAAUAUUCUCUCACUCAUCUUUUUUUUUAAAUUCGCCUUUUUUGUCAUUGAAUGAAGAACGAAUAACUUUCUUUGUGAUUAAUCAGGAAAAUUUGAAGUUGCGGGCCACAUGCGGUCCACGGGCCGAGAGAUAUCCACCCCAGAGGGCUUAAGACGUUAACUCCUCUGCUGAUUUCAUAAUCGCUUAGAUUUAACAAAUGGGUUGAUAUUGGCCGUUUAAAUCACAGAAGGUAACACGUUGAUUGAUUGGACUAUUUCAGUCAAACUAAAACAAACAUUGUUUACACUUCACAAAAACCUACAUGUUUAUGGUCUCGUUCCCUUCUCUCUUUCUCUCCGUCUCUGACCUCUAUCGGUCUUCUCUCUCUCUCUAUCUGUCCCCUCUCUCUCUCUUUUCUCUCCUCUUUUCUCUCUGUCUGCUCUCUCUCUCUCUAACUUUUCUCUAAUCUCUCUUUUCUGUCUCUCCUCUCUGUCACUAUACUCUCCCCCCAUCUCUUAUCUCUCUCCUAUCUUUCUCACCUUUCUUUCUCCCCGAUCUCCCUCUCUUCUUCCCCCCCUCUCUCUCUCUAUCCCUCUCUCUCUACCCCCUCUCUUUAUCCACUCUCUCUCAUCUCUCUCUCAUCGCCCGCUCACUCUUCUCUUACUUCUCCCUUCCUCUCCUCUUUCUCUCUGCUUCUCUCUCUCCCUAUAUCAAUUCUAUCUCUUCUCUCACUCUCAUCUCUCCCCCUCUCUCCCUUCUCUUUCUGUCUCUCUCUCUCUUCUGAGCACUGUUAAGCAAUCUCUGUUCCAAUUUGAGCGCUGUUAAGCAAUCUCUGUCACAAUUUGAGCACUGUUAAGUAAUCUGUGUCACAAUUUGAGCACUGUUAAGCAAUCUCUGUCACAAUUUGAGCACUGUUAGGCAAUCUCUGUCACAAUUUGAGCACUGUUAAGCAAUCUCUGUCAAAAUUUGAGCACUGCUAAGCAAUCUUUGUCACAAUUUGAGCACUGUUAAGCAAUCUCUGUCACAAUUUGAACCAAUGUUCUGUCACAUUCCUCUUGCUGUCCUCUUGGAUACAACAUAGUGUUAAAUUUUAUCUUAUAUUGUUCGAUAGAGAGAAGGCAUCUUGCCGACACGUUCGGUGUUGUUUUUUUGUUUUUUUUGCUUUCUCCCCCCCCCCUCCCCCACCCCAACACAAAGAAAGUUUUCCCAUUAUUUUUUCGCUCAUCUAAUAUGAUCUAAUUUCCCACUUUGAACCAAAUCCACAAUUCCUGUUUGUCGUACUUGGUUCAAUUAUUAUUCUUUAAAAAGGAUCAUUUCCAAAACAAAACCUGACACCAUCGACUUGAACUGGGGCACAUCCUCAAAUCAGAAUGACUUUACACUGACGUCUUUUGGUUCCGCCAUCCCUCGGUGACACCCGGCCUUUUAACGUUGUAGCCGUCGUGAUCUGACAUGUCCCCCCUACUCUGUGACAUCAAUGUAAACUGUUACGUCCUGUGUAGACUUACUAUCGAAUGUCUCAUUCACUCUACGACUGGAUAUGUUGGGGUAAUCUCUUGGUCUCCGAUUUCACCAUUAAGUCAUUUCAACAGGUUGUAACGGGUGGGACAGAGCAUAGAUGCACCGCGUAGUUAAUGCUGGUCUAGAUCGGCUUAGGUUCUACCAGAAGAAACCACUAUGUCUACCAUAGUGUGUCUAUCAUAGUGUGUCUACCCCAGUGUGUCUACCCACUGUGUCUACCCUAGUGUGUCUAGCCCCGAUGUCUACCCAAUGUGUCUAGCCCAGGGUGUCUAGUCCGGUGUGUCUAGCCCGGUGUGUCUACCAAAUGUGUCUAGCCAAGUGUGACUACUCAGUGUGUCUGCCCCAAUGUGUCUACCAAAUUAGUCUACCACAAUAUGUACCAAUUUUGUUUAAUAAUAAUUCUUGAGUUAAGUUAAUUACUGUAAUUUCUUUUAUUUUUCACCAUAAAAAAAACAAAUUAUAAAUCAUUAUGAACUUUGACAUAUUUCAAUCAUUUUAUGUUUAACUGCGAUCAUCAAUUUAAUCUAUUCAAACAAUAAACAAAAAAGAGACAUUCAUCGCGUCCUGUGUAAUAUUAAUAAUUUAUAUCGUAAAAAAGCAUUACAAUCAUCCCAAUAAUUCAAACACAUCACAAUCCCAUCAACAGUACAACACACAUCACAAUCCCACCAACUAUACAACAUACAUCACAAUCCCACCAACAGUACAACACACAUCACAAUCCCACCAACAGUAAAACAUACAUCACAAUCCCAUCAACAGUACAACACACAUCACAAUCCCACCAACAGUACAAGACACAUCACAAUCCCACCAACAGUACAACACUCAUCACAAUCCCACCAACAGUACAACACACAUCACAAUACACAUCACAAUCCCACCAACAGUACAACACACAUCACAAUCCCACCAACAGUACAACACACAUCACACUCCCACCAACAGAACAACACACAUCACAAUCCCACCAACAGUACAACACACAUCACAAUCCCACCAACAGUACAAUAAACAUCACAAUCCCACCAACAGUACAACACAUAUCACAAUCCCAUCAACAGUACAACACACAUCACAAUCCCACCAACAGUACAAACAUAUCAGAACUCAACCAACAGUACAACAUACAUCACAAUCCCACCAACAGUACAACACACAUCACAAUCCCACCAACAGUACAACACACAUCACAAUCCCAUCAACAGUACAAACAUACAUCACAAUCCCACCAACAGUACAAACAUACCACAUUCCAACCAAUAGUAUAAACACAUAAGAAUUCAACCAACAGUACAAACAUACAUCACAAUCCCACCAAUCUCACCAAUCUCACUAAACAGUCGUACAGAUGCUAUGUUCCCAUCUAGUACAAACACACAUCACAAUCCCACCAAUCUCACCAAUCUCACUAAACAGUCGUACAGAUGCUAUGGUUCCCAUCUAGUACAAACAUACAUCACAAUCCCACCAAUCUCACCAAUCUCACUAAACAGUCGUACAGAUGCUAUGGUUCCCAUCUAGUGCAAACAUACAUCACAAUCCCACCAAUCUCACCAAUCUCACUAAACAGUCGUACAGAUGCUAUGGUUCCCAUCUAGUGCAAACAUACAUCACAAUCCCACCAAUCUCACCAAUCCCACCAAUCUCACUAAACAGUCGUACAGAUGCUAUGGUUCCCAUCUAGUGCAAACAUACAUCACAAUCUCACCAAUCUCACCAAUCUCACUAAACAGUCGUACAGAUGCUAUGGUUCCCAUCUAGUGCAAACAUACAUCACAAUCUCACCAAUCUCACCAAUCUCACUAAACAGUCGUACAGAUGCUAUGGUUCCCAUCUAGUACAAACAUACAUCACAAUCCCACCAAUCUCACCAAUCCCACCAAUCUCACCAAUCUCACUAAACAGUCGUACAGAUGCUAUGGUUCCCAUCUAGUACAAACAUACAUCACAAUCCCACCAAUCUCACCAAUCUCACUAAACAGUCGUACAGAUGCUAUGGUUCCCAUCUAGUGCAAACAUACAUCACAAUCCCACCAAUCUCACCAAUCUCACUAAACAGUCGUACAGAUGCAUCACAAUCCCACCAAUCUCACCAAUCUCACUAAACAGUCGUACAGAUGCUAUGGUUCCCAUCUAGUGCAAACAUACAUCACAAUCCCACCAAUCUCACCAAUCUCACUAAACAGUCGUACAGAUGUUAUGGUUCCCAUCUAGUGCAAACAUACAUCACAAUCCCACCAAUCUCACCAAUCUCCCUAAACAGUCGUACAGAUGCUAUGGUUCCCAUCUAGUGCAAACAUACAUCACAAUCCCACCAAUCUCACCAAUCUCACUAAACAGUCGUACAGAUGCUAUGGUUCCCAUCUAGUACAAACAUACCACAAUCCCACCAAUCUCACCAAUCUCACUAAACAGUCGUACAGAUGCUAUGGUUCCCAUCUAGUGCAAACAUACAUCACAAUCCCACCAAUCUCACCAAUCUCACUAAACAGUCGUACAGAUGCUAUGUUCCCAUCUAGUACAAACAUACAUCACAAUCCCACCAAUCUCACCAAUCUCACCAAUCUCACUAAACAGUCGUACAGAUGCUAUGGUUCCCAUCUAGUGCAAACAUAUCUGCCAGCAACCUUUUUUUUAUGACCUCGAUAUUUUCAAACAAUAAUUUGAAUUGCCGUAGCAUAAAAGAAUAAGUAAUCGUGGCCCCUUGCUACACGUAUUUAAUUGAUUGGUGGAAGCUAGAUCACGUGACCAAUGCAAUAAAUAAACAAAUAAGUCCACAUAAACCUAGAUACCCGAAUUUAGAUAUUACGACAAAGAAUCAUUCAAUAUUUCCGAUAACAAUAUGACACUCAAUGGUUCCAUGUUUGACGUCAUCUCUCUCUCUUAACAGAAUCAAUCACGUGCUUAAAAACUCAGUGUUCUGUGAACAUUUUUCUUUCACCCACACCAAAUACAUCGAACACCAACGACUACUCCACAGUGUUCACAGUUCAAGUUAUCUAAAAUGACCUGCCCCCCGUAAUAAGAACCCCAUGCCUCCCCCAACAAAACAAGAGUGCAUGCGACUAUGUAUAUCAGAUCGAGGCUCAAAAACCUCUCCUUGGUCAGUUGUCCUUGCGACGUCUCCAUUGUGUGUGUGUGUGUGUGGUUAUUCCCGUGUGUACGGGGAAUGUGCGGGGCGUAGAUACGGUGUCAACGAUUUACGUUCUAUUCAAACAAAGGGUCAGAAUUGUGAAGUUCGAGGGUGCGUGAAUGUCAAUGUAUCUAUGUCCUUUGGGCAUUCCCAGUCUAGCACUUACACGUCUAGAAUAGCUUACCCAUUUGUUGCCUUGCUUGACUUGUCCCACCCUUCAAAACUCUUGUACAUAUAUGUAAGUAAAAAAAAAAAAAGAAAAAGAGAAAGCCUUAUAUAGGUAUAAAUUGAAAAGGGGCGGGUGGGCCUGGAAGGGGCGGAGGUCAUCUGUAACCUCUGGUAGAUGACAAACUAUUUAGCUGCCAGAACCGAUACAGUUCUUGCUUGACUUGUCCCACCCUUCAAAACUCUUGUACAUAUAUGUAAGUAAAAAAAAAAAAAGAAAAGGAGAAAGCCUUAUAUAGGUAUAAAUUGAAAAGGGGCGGGUGGGCCUGGAAGGGGCGGAGGUCAUCUGUAACCUCUGGUAGAUGACAAACUAUUUAGCUGCCAGAACCGAUACAGUUCAGCAAGAGGGAACACCGGCCGCUUCCUCAUUUUGGGAUAUUCGCAAGAGAGUUUUGACGCCGAGAUCUGCCGUUAAGAAUUGUUUGGUGGGAGCCGGCCAGGAGAGAUCAGAGAAUUUGAGCAUGUCUUUGGAGGACCAGAUUUGAAGAAAAGAAAAAAAGAAGAUAAACUGCUAUGGUAAAUUAUUUUAGUUCAAUGUCCAAAUGUGAUCAUUACAAUUUCGAUUUCAGCUCGAUAUGCCAUUAAUGAUUGGUGUUUUGAAAAAGGGGGGGGGGGACAUUGCGUUCACUUAUCUUUAAACACGCUACUGUCAAAGUACUUUUACUGUAUUAUAAAAGUUCCGUUAGAUUUUUUGCAACAACAGAUGCAAUGAUAAAACUGCGUGUUUUUUCCUUUGCUGUUUUGCUUGUUUGUUUGUUUGGGUUGUGUGUGUUGUGUUCUUUGUUUGUUUUGGUUUUGUGUGUUGUGUUUUUUGUUUGUUUUGGUUGUGUGUGUUGUUUUUGUAAUUCUUUCAUCGUAACUCCGCUUUUAUUUUAGUUUAAAUGACCGUAUAUUUGUUAAUAGUUUUGUAACGAUAUUAUAAUACGAAAAAUAUUAUAGUGUAAUCCUAAUACAGUGAUAUUUUUAAUCUUUUUUUAAAAUUUGAUUAAAUGGCUGAAGUUGUGUUGAAGUAGCCUGAUUAAAGUAGCCUGAUUGAAGAAGCCCGAUUGAAGUAGCCUGAUUGAAAUAGCCCGAUGCUGACACAACUAGCCGAACGUUAAAAAGUCAAAGAAUGUCUAUCAACCGGACGUAUCCAUUUACCUCAAGACCAAAAGAAUCGAUCUGAUCAAACUAAUCUCAUCAUUUUCGUUGCGUGUUUAGGUCAAUACCAUUGAUUCAUCGCUAUUUAGUUCAAUAUAAAAUGUUCAAGUCAUUCAAAACUGAACUUUCCGCCAUUUUCCGCUACCCAACUUUGACGAUAUAAAUGAUGGUUAGAUCACUUUCUAAAUCCGAUUAUUAUUGAUAUUUUUGUGUUCUUUUUACUCACUUUAAAUAUAAUGUUGAUUUUUGUUUACAAUACACAAUUGGUGACAUUCUCUGUUGUGGAUAGUUCGGCUCUCUGAUUUCCUAAUGAGUGGACAACAGUUCGCUUAGUGGCGCAGGUAGGACAUGCUAUGUGUGUAAAUCCCUCAAGUGAAUUGUGUUUUAGAGACGGUUUCAGUUUAGGAAUAUCGCCUAAUUACAAAUUGACCUUUUAACAUAAUUAUAAGAUCAUAUUACUAAAUAAAUUAUAUACAUUCAACAAGAGGGGAGCCCUUGUAAUUUUAUGAAAUGAUGUGAACUAUUAGCUGAUGUAAACAAAAACAAAAAAAUGGAUUUGUAGGUCAUUCCAAAAUGUAUCUGCCGAAUUAGAAAGGCUUUGGUAUAAGAAAAUGUUCAGGUGAAGCACAGGUGUUGUAGGCAUGGCGCGCAAAUGCUAUUGUCUUGAAAGUUGUUGAACACGAAAAAUGGAGUUUUGAAAAAUAAGCAUUUUUAAAAAGAAACGUGAUUCUAUUUAAGUGUCAUUAUAACACAAUACAAACAUCCACAAUUUUAUUUACGUCUCUGCCAGUAACGCCUUUGAGCUGCGUCCGGUAGAGUUAGCACGCGCUGUCUGUUUACGUUUCAAUAACGUUGGGUUGAAAUGUCUCGCAACUAUUUUCAAACAUUACUUUAGGAACGUACCUGGCACUAAUAACGAGUUAACGUCAGUGAACGUAUCACUAAGUCUUAGUGUUGCUUGGUAAGUUAAACAUUACAACGCUUCCCUUGUUGUUCUUGUAACUGAGCUCAUUUUCUUCUUUUGAAAUUAGUGGGGGUUUUCCACCCACUCAGUACUCUGUUUCUCGCCAGUCAAUAAUUGGUUCCUAAGACAGUCUGAUAGGUUCCUAGCCAGUUCUUGAUAGGUUCUCUAUCAGUCAAUGAUAUGUUCCUCACUAGAAAAUGAUAGUUCCCCCACAAGUCAGUGGUUGGUUCCUUACUAAUUAACGAUAGUGCCCCAUGAGUCAACGAUAGACAGGUUCCCCCAUAGGUCAAUGAUUGGUUCCCCACCAGUCAGUGAUAGGUUCCUCACCAGUAAAUGUUAAGCUCCCCACAACAACGUUAGUUGCCACGUGAGUCAGUGGCAUCAGUAAACUAGGUUCCCUGCUAUUCCAUGGAGAGACUUGACAAGCCGUUGAAAUUCAUCAGUAAACUAGGUUCCCUGCUAUUCCAUGGAGAGACUUGACAAGCCGUUGAAAUUUAUCAGUAAACUAGGUUCCCUGCUAUUCCAUGGAGAGACUUGACAAGCCGUUGAAAUUUAUCAGUAAACUAGGUUCCCUGCUAUUCCAUGGAGAGACUUGACAAGCCGUUGAAAUUCAUCAGUAAACUAGGUUCCCUGCUACUCCAUGGAGAGUUUUGACAAGUCGAUGAAAUUCAUCAGUAAACUAGGUUCCCUGCUGUUCCAUGGAGAGAUUUGACAAGUCGAUGAAAUUCAACAGUAAACUAGGUUCCCUGCUAUUCCGUGGGGAGAUUUGACAAGUCGAUGAAAUUCAACAGUAAACUAGGUUCCCUGCUAUUCCAUGGAGAGACUUGACAAGUCGAUGAAAUUCAUUAGUAAACUAGGUUCCCCGCUGUUCCAUGGAGAGAUUUGACAAGUCGAUGAAAUUCAUCAGUAAACUAGGUUCCCUAUAACUAUUCCAUGGAGAGAUUUGACAAGUCGAUGAAAUUCCACUGUAAAAACCACGCUUUGCAACCGUCCACAUAUGUCAACUAAUUUUGUUCUCUGUUUCUCCAACAGGGCCCGAUACCUCCUUCAAUAUUUUUCCCCGUUUCGAAGAAAGAUGAUGACGUCACCGAGCCGGUCAAAGUGAAAAGAAAAUGCGGUCGACCGAGAAACCCCAUCCCACGUCACAAGAGGGAGUCUCACAUCAACGCUGAGCACAGGCGCCGGGGCAAGAUUCAGGUACAAACAGCACCAAACAAAGCACUGGCAGCUCUACCAAACACAAACGUCUCUAAAAAAAACCACACACACACGCGGUACUUACAAAACGCCAACAGUGCUUACAAAACACAAAAAGUACUUACAAAACACAAACAGCCCUAACAAAGCACACACGGUACUUACAAAACUAAAUCUAUGUUCUGUCAAUAUUUCACAGGAGAUGUUUAAGUCAGGGCCGCCAGCGGGAACUUUUGGGGGGGGGGGGGCAGCGGGAACAGUUCGGGGGUAGAAGGAGCAAAGAUCAAUAAAAGAUCGUUCUGAAUUGUUUAAUUCCAUACAAUUUGGCCAUAUUUAAAAACGGUGCUUUCGGUGGGGCGAUACCCAGUAAAAGAACAUUGUUAGGAGUCACGUGAAACAUGGGGGCUGUUCCCGCCCGCUGAAACAUUUCGGUUUAUGCGAUGAUACGUCUUAACGUGACUUUCACGUGACAGUAAUGUGACAUUAACGUGGCAUUACCGUGACAAAAGGGUCCAAGGCAACCGCACUCGGUGAGAGCGAUUGGUUUUAAUUAACCCGUUCAUUCAUCUGAGUGAGUUUGUGUCCAGUAUUUUAUGGGAAAGGGUUCGAACCCUUCUAACUACCGGCUUUCGCUUGUAGCGCCUAAUCCGAUACAGGCUUAAUCCACUUUGAAAUGGCACUGUUUCUCGGCCUUUGUUGGGAGUUAAAUCUACCCCCAUGGGCUGAUUGUGUCAAGCGCUCUACACGAUGUGUUACCAACCUUUCGCUGAUCUGCCAGUUUUGACGUCUUAAUCUCUUAUAAUCCAUGACCUUGAACCUGUAAUCAGGUAGUUUUGUAUACGUUUAAAAAUAUUAUUAUAAAUAUAUAUAUUUCAAUUUUUUUAAAGAAAUCUUUUUUAGUUCCUUAAUACUUAAUAAGCAUUCCAAAUAUUUAAGAAAAAAACUUUGACGUUGAAAACCCAGCCAGGAACAAAUCAAAUAUUUAAAGACUAAUUUUGUUGGGCUAGCUGUUAGGUUUUUUGGAUGGUGUAUUUGUGCAUGUUGUAUUCCAAACAACGGAGAAGCCAAAUAGUAGACAUGCCCAUGAGUCCGACAAGCAAACAGAAGCGGGAAGUCGGUCAAAAAGUCUUUUAUGUGGCUCCAGAGAUUAGAAAUUGCAUGUUUGCUGGUUGACAAGAUGGCGGUGUUGACUUUUGAUAACGGGGUGGAGGUUUUCUUUUCUUCUCAACAUGGAAUCAAAGUCAACCAAAAAGAAGGCGUUGAGCUUGUAGCGGUUACUGGCGGUAAUCGUGUCGCGGUUACUUUAAUCGUGUUGUGGUUACUGCAUUAUUUUGUUAUACUAAAUAUAUUGUAAAGUGCGUUCAAAAAGAAAUUUGACGCAAAAUUUUAACGUGUGAACUGAAAAAAAGAUUCAGCCCAAUUUCCGUUCGAUCAUAUUUCCGUCGAUCAAUUUUCCGUCGACGAAAUGUCUUUCAAACAAAUUUUCGGUAAUCACUUAACAUAAAAAAACGUAUAGAGAUGUGAUGACGCCUUAGUUACGUCAUGACCAGACCUGAAACUGUCAGAGAUAACAUGCCAGUGUAGAAAAUAGAGGGGUCGUCAAUAGCGCGCUUAAAAGAGCUGGUUAAGGCGUUAAAAGAGCUGGUUAAGGCGUUAAAAGAGCUGGUUAAGGCGUUAAAAGAGCUGAUUAAGGCGUUAAAAGAGCUGGUUAAGGCGUUAAAAGAGCUGGUUAAGGCGUUAAAAGAGCUGGUUAAGGCGUUAAAAGAGCUGGUUAAGGCGUUAAAAGAGCUGGUUAAGGCUUUAAAUGAGCUGAUUAAGGCGUUAAAAUAGCUGGUUAAGGCGUUUAAAAUAAAAGAGGUGGUUGGGGGCGCAGUGAAGACCCGGGAUAUCUUUAAAAAAUAAUUUAGAUUUUGAGAGGAUCCCUCAAGUCGAGCACAGGCAUAAUAUAUAAAAAACACAAUGUCUUGGAAUUAUGCCUAAAGAAUUGAGGAAACACCUCUUCCUUUCAAGUUUACGUUAGCCACUCUUCUGAACAAGCGUUAUAAAGAGCCCCUCCCUCAUUUCAUUGCUUUGUGUAAGAGUCCAAACUAUUUUAAGUACUGCAAUGUCAAACAUUACAAUGUGCCGCGUUGCGUGACCUUGAUUGCCUCAUCCAGAGCUGAUAUGUGACAGUUUUAUAGCGGUAAACACUCUUUUUUUUCUUUGCAGAACGGUUUUCGAACUCUGAAAUGUUUAGUGCCCAAGUAUGAUCAAAGUUCAGGCAGAGACAGCAAGGCCGACAUUCUAUUUAAAGGUAGGUCGCUCUUCAUGAAAGUGCGCUGCUACACAGUCCACCGUUAUGUGAGGUUUGUGAACUUGAUCUGUUUAAAGAUUUGGCUCGUUUUUUGUACAAUGCAUAACGGGGGACUGAAAACUAGUUUACAAAGAAAAACGAUACCAGCGCUAUUGAUAUUAACACUAUUCAGAUAAAUUAAACUAUUAAAUUUAUAUAGAAUACAAAAUGAAGUUGACAGAAAUAACUUACAGCGUACCAAGUGGAAAAAGUACAAUCCUCCAAAGAUACAAAUAUUCAUUUAGACACCACAUACACACAUAAAGAGUACAAUCUUGGAAGUAUAUUACCGCCCGUAAAUGUCUGGCGGAAAAAAAAAGGAAAAAAUCUCUCUCAGGGUGGGAAAUCUGCCGGCUUAUUUAUAGAGAUUGAGUUAGAACCCUCCGAUAACAAUUUUUUUUUUUUAAAAUUGCACCACCUGAUAGCAUUCUUUAGAACAAAUUGGAACGUAAACAACCUUUUCCCAACUAAGGGAGGGAUGGAUAAAAAGGAUAGACGCAACACAUUUAAUCAGUGACGUCAAUAUCAAAAUAUAUUAAUAAAAACUAGGGCAACUUACAGACUAUAACAUGUAUACAAAGAUCGCAUGAAUGUAAGAUUAUUUUGAUGAAAUUUUGUCUUUAACUAGUCAUAUAUUUUUACUUUUAACUUUGUUUAUAUUUAACCAAAUUUUGUCUUUAACUAGUCAUAUAUUUUUACUUUUAACUUUGUUUAUAUUUAACCAAAUUUUGUCUUUAACUAGUCAUAUAUUUUUACUUUUAACUUUGUUUAUAUUUAACCAAAUGUUUUUGACAAAUAUUUCGGGGGAUGAAGUAGUAUUUUCGGAAGAUGUAAACAAGGUUUAACCAGAUAUGUGAACAUACAGCAGUUAUGUAUGAAAAACAUGGAAGUAAUUGAUUAAAAAUAUGGUAGUAAUGGAUGCCAAACGAAAAAAAAAACCCAACUUAUUCCAGGUUUUAGGAAUAAUUGGGUUAGGGAUUUUAAAACUGAAAUAAAGCAAGAUGACCAUUGUCUCACUGCCUGUCCUGUCCUCAGCUGUUGACCACUGCAAACUGUUGCAACAUGACAUUAACGAAUUGUCCCUUUCAAUGGAUGCAGUCAGGGCAGAAAAGGAAACCUUAGGCGACGACAUCAAGUAAGUUUGUGUGGUAACUACAUGACGUUGUAACCACAUGACGUUGUAACCACAUGACGUUGUAACUACACGACAUGGUCAUUACAUGACGCGGUAACUACAUGACGCGGUAACUACAUGACAUGGUCACUACAUGACGUUGUAACUACAUGACGUUGUAACUACAUGACGUUAUAACCACAUGACAUGGUAUCUACAUCACAUUAUAACCCAGAUGAUUCUUAACUUCAUUUUCAAUAAGUCUUGAGAUUACAUUAAUACUUUCAGGGUUUAAGAGUACAAUAAUACUUAAAGGGUUUGAGAGUACAUUAAUACUAAAGGGUUUGAGAGUACAUUAAUACUUAAAGGGUUUGAGAGUACAUUGAUACUUAUAUAGGGUUUGAAAGUACAUUAAUAUAUAGGGUUUGAGAGUAUAUUAAUACUUAUAGGGUUCCAGUAAAUAUCUGUGAAAAUUUAUAUUACUUUAAAUAUUUUAUUUAUUUAUUUUUAAUAUGGAGUCCAUGACUUUCACCAGGCAACACCAUUUUUUUUUCUUUUCUCAGAAAUUACCAGAAGUUGGUUCCAGACCCGAAUGUGUACGACCAGUUGGCUUCAAACAUCAAUGAUCGCUUCGAGGAUUACGUCCAUCAGAGAAGCAACGAAUAUAGGACAUUUUGGGCUGUAUCCUUUCAGUUGAGACUGAGAAUGUGUUGUGUUCAAAUGAAUUAGUUGACACUUGAACUUUCAUUUGAGACUGAAAAUGCGUUGUGUUCAAAUGAAUUAGUUGACACUUGAACUUUCAUUUGAGACUGAGAAUGCGUUGUGUUCAAAUGAAUUAGUUGACACUUGAACUUUCAUUUGAGACUGAGAAUGAGUUGUGUUCAAAUGAAUUAGUUGACACUUGAACUUUCAUUUGAGACUGAGAAUGCGUUGUGUUCAAAUGAAUUAGUUGACACUUGAACUUUCAUUUGAGACUGAGAAUGCGUUGUGUUCAAAUGAAGUAGCUGAGAGACUUUCAUUUGAGACUUUGAGAUUGAGUUGUGUUCAAAUGAAUUAGUUGACAGACUUUUAUUUGAGACUGAGAAUUUGUUCUGUUCAAAUGAAUUACUGGACAUUAAGAGCUGAAAUUGUCUAGGCUAUGCGAUAGUCUGCGUACCCAUCUCAUUUGUAUAUUCUUAUAAGUUCAUUCCUUAAGUCAGUUCAAGUUUACAUUCAUCUUGCGUCCCUUGUUUGAGAGCUAUAAGACCAGAGUUUCUGGGACUUCCAUUGACGACUUACUGAGAUCUGUGUCUGAAUGGACGGAGAAUACCCUGACUGUGGCCAAUCUUGGGGAUGGUACGUACAAUAGAUACACAUUAAAAAAAACUUUCACAUACAGAAGUGAUUACAGUUAAAAGACAGACACGUAUACAUACAUAAACACAACUACGUAUACUACGAAACACACGCUAUUUGCUGAUAGUAUGCGCACAUUUACUUACAUGUUUUGUGUGUACAAGAUACAAAGAUUAUUUUAUUUGUUUAAACAUGGUGCUGUUUAUCUCUAUCAAGCUCUACACUUUAUACCAUAUUUAUUUCACCAUAAGACAUAAUUUUAAUGAUACUUAUCCCUCUUCUCACAGCCUGUAUGACACUGCUCCGAGAGGUUGGGUCGGACGCGGCUGUGAGUCGGGACCAAGGCUCGUCUGUAGAUGCUCAGGUCGAUAGUCGCGGGGCAUCAGAAGACCUCCCGUCAAAGUCAGUCAUGCACCGUGCCGAAACUGAUGCUCAGAUCUGCAGUUCUAAAAACGCCGACCCCCUGGCCUACAACAGCCCAGUGAUGAUGACGCCUCAUGUUUACAGCCCAACCGUGGCGAGCACCUGCAGCCCGCCCGUGGGAGGGAUUCACACCUAUGGUACACACGCCACCGCGCACUACAGUCCAAGCUCUGUGCCGUUCAGCCCUGACCACCAUUCCAUCAAUGCCGGGGACGCGCUGGCGAUGAACCCCGGGAUGUCCAGUGGAGCGAGCGACAGCGUCUGUAGCAGUUUGGCUGACGACAGCCGAAUAUUGUCCAACCCUAGCCCCCAUCUAGCCAUCCAGCACUCAGAGGUUCUCCCGUUUAACAGCCCGUACACAGAAGUGCAGUACAGCCACGAGCACGAUCAGCCCCUCCAGCAGCAAGGCGACUAUCACGGAUCGAAUCCCGGUGGUUUAGAUUUCUGGCAGUCACCCCAAUCUCACUACACCGGCUACACCAACCAGCCCCAGCCAAGCCACUAUCACACUGACCACAUUGUGCCAACGACGGGUAACUUCUUGGGCGUCGGGAAAGGCCACUGGUCAGCACAGUCGUACAUGGCGGAGGAGUUAGAUAACACGCCAUCAAUGUAUUACGCCAAUCUGAAUGGUGUUUCCGACAGAGACACCAAGCAUGACUCCUACAGUUCUCACAACGCAGCACCGCCGUCUCCAUUGGGUUCAUCCCCUGAACAGGAGCACAGAUCCCACUUGACUUAUCAGUAUCACCGACAAAAAAGCUAUUCGUUGUCCUCCACUGAGAGCGACGGCUCUCUUCUCAGCAUAGGUUCCUACUCCAGGCCAGCGGCUGAACUAUUUAAAGACCAGGAGAAAUACUGCCAGCUGUCACCCUCGACCGACGGCUGCCUCUCUCCAGGCUCGAACGGUCAACUCGACAGCCCGUGUGCCGGCAUAGAGAGAGCUGCGCAAGAGUUGUCCUUUCACGAUGCCCCCAUUGGCUUAGACCAUUACAACAAGAUCCAAUCUAAUGAGAACAACUACUACACUGUGUGUGUGAACAGCGGUCAGUUAGCGCCAUCACUCCCCAGUUACAGAGACACAUUCGGGUCACGAGACCUUCAGAAAAAUAAACAAUCUCUACCAAAUCUUGACGCGGAAGUCCCCCUGAUAGCCAGUGGGACCAAGCGUCUCAAAGAAGGAGCGGGGGUUACCCUAGCAACCAAUGGGACCAAGCGUAUCAAAGAAGGAAGUAUUUGGCAAAAAAUUCGGAAGAUGGGAUCGUCAUCCCUACUAGCUGAGCUUCUAGCACCAACAAAGAAGUUUGGGUUAUCCCUGGCCUCCUCCAGGCCAGGAGACAACUUGACAUAUUCUAAAGAAUACCCUGUCUCGGAAUGCAGCACCACUAGCCUUUCAUCCAGCUCACAUCAGACAUUCUCGGACAACAGGCCACAGACGCCACAAUCCAUCCAUCAGUUUUGGGAUAACCCCUCUGAUGGGAGCUUCCUGCCAUUCCCAGCCCAGUCAUCAAAAAGCACAAAUUCAAAGCACACAAAACCUGCCAUGACCUCUUUCGAUAUCAAAAUGAAAGAACAAAUUAACGCAUUACCUCAGCUCGCAUCAGCUGGCCAUGCUUUAUCUGACAAGUAUUCAUACACACAAACUGAUCAUAAUGAUUACAGUAGGCUCGAAGCAAGGAUUCUUUUAGGGGAACCACCAUUUUCCGGUCUAAUAACAGAAAACCACAGACAAAGAAAAGACGAAAUGCUUCUUUACUCUCAAGAAAGCAUGGCUUCAUCUCAUCAUAUUUUGCAGAACUGUUCUUUUUCACGUGAUCCAAGCUUUGAUGACUCUAACUCUAAACCAAACCGUGGAUUCCCCGGUUAUGAUACGACCUCUUCCAUAAUGCGAUCAGCAAUCUUUGGCGCGCCUGAUGGCAUUCCUAUCAUGUCUGGUGAUACCAAAGAUGGCACAGCUCCUCUUGCUUCAUCCGAAAGUUCUGGGGCGACCACCUUAAACAGAAAAAUCUCGUUUGAAGACAGCUUUCCCGAUCAGCGUGCCCAGAGUAGGGUAGGUGCCUUUAAGAGGGUCUGCUACUGGACAGAGGACCUCCACGGCGGUAAUGGAAUCCAUCUAGGUUCCCCCAAUUGUGGGAUAGAGACCAGUCUACCCAGGAGUGAUAACCCUGACAGAAAACCAGUCGAAAGUCAAGGGUGAUUGAUUCCCUUGGAAAUGGGACUCCUUGUACAUAUUGUAUGAUUUCUUCAUUAAGUGUAUUAUCCUUUUAAACUGUUACAUGUGACCAGCUUGUUUUAUAUAUUGAAAUAAAAAUGUUAACGUGUUCAGCCAUUUAAUUAAACAUUUAUGUACAAUUAUAGUUUCUGUCUCACUGAAGAUUGUAUGUAAUUCCAUAGUAUUUCAUCAAGUUCUAGUAAUGUAAUGUUCCUUGGCUUUAGAGAGAUGUUUAAGAUUAUGCUGAUGUUAAAUAUGUUAUACAGCAUUGUUACAUGCUACAGCAGUGUGAUGAUUAAUGUUGGGGCAUGCCAUACCACACAUUUAGUUCAUAUUAAUGUAUAAACGGGAAUGUAUAUGCAACCUUUAUGCGCAUAUGUCUUGCUGGGUACACAAAUAAUAAACUUUAUUUAAAAAAAUUUAAUUUAAAAAAAAAACAUACAAAAAGCAUUGCCAGCCUGUUUUGGGUGACUGCUUUGAGCCCACAAUAGAAAAACUAGCAAAUUGUAUGAUUUUUACGGUGUAGUAUUUAAAAAAAUAAGUCAAAGCUGUGAAGACAAAAAGCCCCAAAAUAUUACACCAGUGGGGCUUUCUGAAUGUAUUAGGAAGUAAAAGUUUCUCUGGAUUGAACUCAUUGUAUCAAGUCUGAUCAAGACAGAAAAAAAAAAAAUUCCAAGAACAUUAUGUUUAGCAGCCAAAUGGGCAAGCUCAUCAUGGGCAGCCAUUGAAAGCAGACAUAAGCUGUGUCCCAGGGAAUGAGGCACACAAUUAGUUUCUGUCAGGGCACCAUAAAGAACAGGACACCCACUGGAAAGAUUUGUCAAACCACCUGUACAGACAUGAGGACACUAUUAUUUGACAUCAUAUACAUUAUCAUUCUCUGUUCAUUCAUAUUGAUCAAGUUCUGUGAUUGCUGUUCAUUAUAAAUGAAAUCAUUUGGCCUGCCAACAUUUUGACUCCUGCAAAUAGCAUCUCACAAUAUUUAAUUCUUAUUAAUGUGCAAUGUACAACUCUUGUGUGAAUAUUUGUUAUUUGAAGAAAAACUCCAUUUUGAGGAAAUAAUAAAUGGAAAAUUUUCUAUUGUU